UCAAUGAUGAAAACGCCUUUCUACUAACCCGCAAAAAUCCAUACUCUUCUCUUUCAUUCUUCUCUUGUCUAUUAUAGUCUAUUUGUACCUUUCUUUUGUUGAUUAUAAAAAAAUAAUAAUAAUAAAUCCUAUUUUCUCUCUCUCCCCUUAGUUUUUCUCUCUUCCACUCAAACUAGUAGAAGAAGAAGAAGAAGAUGAUGUUGAUAGCCAUAACAUUGCUAUCUCUUCUCUUCAUAGUUGGCCUUUCACUCACUGUAUUCAAAUUCCAAACCAACAAGUUGAUAGAAUGGAUUCAAUCCUUUUUAGCGGAAAGAUUUUCACAACACGUUCGCAACAAGCCAGCCGCGGCGGCCGACAAAAAGCCGAAGAGGAGUGCCGGCUCCGCCGUCCAUAACAAGGCGGAGCUGAGGAGCGUCUUCGCCACGUUCGACAAGAACAACGACGGCUUCAUAACGAAGAAAGAGCUCUCAGAAUCGCUCAAUAACAUUGGAAUACACAUGACGUUGCAAGAAGUGGAAGAGAUGGUUGAGAAGGUGGAUUCUAAUGGUGAUGGGUUGAUUGAUCUUGAUGAGUUUUGCGAGUUGUUCGAGUCGGUGGUGGGGCUUGAUGGGGUGGUUGGUGGCGGUGGAGAGGAGGAGGAGGAGGAGGAGGAGGAGGGUGGUAGUGGUGGGGGGAGUGACUUGAAGGAGGCUUUUGAUGUGUUUGAUGGGGAUAGAGAUGGGUUGAUAACAGUGGAGGAGUUGGGAAUGGUGUUGUCUUCUUUGGGAUUGAAGGAAGGGCAGAGGUUGGAGAGUUGCAAGGAGAUGAUAAGGAAAGUUGACAUGGAUGGAGAUGGGAAGGUUAAUUUUGAUGAGUUUAAGAAGAUGAUGAAAUCUUCUGAAAGGCUUAUUCCAGUUUCCUAACUCUCUCUCUCUCUCUACUCCAAUUCUAAUUGUGCAUAUAAAUGGUGGAAAUCCUUAUCACAAUGUCUUUAAUUUUUCUUUCCAAAUAGCCUCAAUCAGUUUCUUGAUGGUCAUCAAUGCCAGUUUUUUGUAAUGUUGUUGGAAGAUGGUGAGUAGAUUUUGGUGAAGCACAUGGAAUAGUGGUGCAAAUAGACGAAAUAAAUUGUUUCUUUCCCUUCAAUGUCACAUGGAGAAGUCUUGGCGAUUUGUCAAACUCUAGGUCUUUCUUUACGAGGUCUUUUGUUUUGUUUUGUUCUUUUAUAGGGAUAAGUUUUCUAUUACCAUGUCUAGUAAUAGACAAAAGUGUAUACUGGUUUGUUGCUUGUAAUUUUAGAUUUCAACUGGGAUGUCUAUGCCAAGUAUGUAUAAAGAACACAGUUUGUAAAACUUGUUGUGGCGUGUAUGUAUAUAUCAAAAAUGUUUAAGCGCACAAAAAGUA